AUGUCUGUCUUUUUCGACUCGCCUCUAAAUGAGGAUCUUGUACGGGUUGGCGAUGCAGAAUCGGUACUGCAAAGCAUUGGCAUCACCAAUGGUAUACCAGCACACGAAUCUCGGGACUAUCACCAAUUACUGGCUGCGGUUCAUGACGUCGCUGAGCACGUACUCCAACUCCCAGACUACGCAUCACAUGCGGAGACCGAGAGAUACCCACGAGGCCAAAUUCGUCGACCACCAGCAGAAGAGCAGGAUUUCGGUAAUGCUUGGGCACAUAAGUUCCAAAUACGUGGCAACCCGCAAGGAGAACUCCUACAAGGAAAGACAGUAUGUCUCAAAGACAACAUUGCAGUAGCCGGAGUACCGCAGUUUUUCGGGACAGACGCCAUCCCUGCUUGGACGCCCGAUUCCGACGCCACCGUAGUCACCCGGGCAUUAGAUGCUGGUGCUAACAUCGUGGGGACGACGAUAUGUGAGAACUUCUGCAACUCAACAUCGUCAUUCACUUCAGCGCAAGGUACCGUUCAUAAUCCUUAUGCGAGAGGAUACUCGGCUGGUGGCAGUACGUCUGGUGGCUGUGCAGUAGUUGGUGGCGGUCUGGUAGACAUCGCCAUUGGUGCCGAUCAAGGCGGAAGCAUUCGCGUCCCAUCAUCUUUCUGCGGUUGUGUAGGACUGAAACCAACACACGGUUUGGUCCCUUACACUGGUAUAUCCAGUGGUGAUGCUGUCAGUGAUCACGCUGGGCCUAUAGCGAGAUCUGUUCGCGACGUCGCUUUGUGUCUUGAUGCAGUCGGCGGAAGGGAUGACUACGAUGACCGUACACUUGGUGCACCAAUUCAUGGGUCUAAGCAGUACGCGAAACGCCUUCAAAGCUCGGUCGCAGGAAUGAAGAUUGGUGUUCUCAAAGAAGGCUUUGAGCACCGCCUCGUCAACGAAGACGUCAAAUCAACCGUGAGAGAAGCCGUGCAGUCCUUCCAAAGACUAGGUGCUACCGUCGAAGAGGUCUCAUUACCCCUUCAUCUAGAAGGGCCAGCUAUAUGGACCAUCCAACAGCGAAUCGCAGGUACCUUCAGCAUGUUGGGAUACGCGCACGGUCGGAGAGGACUUUUCUCAACUGCCUACGAAGCAGCACGGCAACCAUGGACAAACGAAACUUUCCAAAAGCUCUUCCCUUCUACGAAAAAUACCAUGAUCAACGGUCUUUCGCUGAUGCAGAACUACCCAGGUCUUUAUGCGAAGACCAUGAAUGUGGCUCAACAGCUCCGCGACUCAUAUGAGAAGCUAUUUCAAGAGUACGAUCUCAUCGUCAUGCCGACAACGCCUUUUGUAGCACCACCAAACAUCGAUUGGAAGCGCGGGGAGGAUGCGCCGAUAGAUGCGCUAAAGCCGAGUAUGGGCAUUACCAUCAACACCGCCAUCUUCGACGUGACAGGUCAUCCGGCUAUGUCGCUUCCCGUGGGCUUUGCUCCUUCAGGCGUCGAUCCGGAAAUCAGCCUGCCUGUUGGUAUGCAGUUGGUCGGUGGCCUUUGGCAGGAGCAGAAGAUACUAGAUGCGGCUUUUGCAUGGGAGUCGGCGAACGAUUGGAAACAAAUCGGCGCGCGGCAAGAUCAAGAGGCGAAGCUUGCUACGAAGCUGUAG